CCUAGAUCAACCACUCCAUUUUUUGAGGUACUGGAGACCGAGUCCUAUCUCGCCACAGAGUGAACCCACAGUGCGGCGCAUGCGUGCCUGCUGACCAUCAGAAAGUCGUUCACAGUUACGGGCAUGAGUGAAACUCCGCUACAGUUUGCGUCCCCUCCGGCGUUAGCUUCGUUCGCUUCGGUUCCUGAACGUGCAUCUUUUCCUGGAUCGUACGUUUUGGUUCCGCAAGAAUAUCUUCCACUGAUGGUAGAGCAUUUUCCUUCCCCCUUCUUUAGCUGCGUAAAGGAUGUCUACGCAGCUGGACCAGUUGUGCCUCAGACAAUUUUGACGGAAACUCCUCUCAAGUCGUCAAAGAGUCAGAUGGAAGCCUUUGCCUCUAUAGUAGCGCCAGUUGAUAUUAGCCUUAACAGUAUGACGAACCAAAUUGAUUCAGGUGGAGGUGGACCUGGUGACAAUGCAAGCAACCAUCCAAAACCGCAGCUUUCAUUAGAGCUCGGGAACAGCUCAGGUGUCAACAGAACCAAGAGUAAACCUAGGGCCGGACCAUCACACAAACCAGAGGCACUGAACAAGAGGUGGCGCACCCCCCGGCCACUGAACCCCUUCAUCAUAUAUCGGCGUGAAAAGCAUACGUACAUUCUGGCUAGAAAUCACGGAAUACCAAAUAACGAAAUUUCCAAAUUGGUAGGCCAGAUGUGGGCCAACGAGCCGGAGUCGGUCAAAUCCGUGUAUCGUCAGCGCAGUGAAGAAGAGAAGCGAAUACAUCAAUUGAAGCACCCUGGCUACAGAUUUGCUCCAAGAAAACACAAACCGAAGCGGCCAAAGAAGUCAAUUUCAUGCCAAGAGUUUAAAGACCGACCCGCUGGACAUCAAAAUUUAAGAGCAAGUCGUGCUCACUCAAAUGAAGAUAGCGUGGAAGAGAACACGAGCUCAUUGUCGGCAGACUUCAUCCAUCCGAUACUGCCAUCCCAUCAAUGUGUUUAUGCUUACCACCCCUCUCAGCUGCAAGCUACAGUCCCUUUCGAGACGUAGAAUGAUGGAGGUAACGUCCUCAUCGGCCCACUGAGAGGGGCACAAGCGGUCACCCUUCUUGAGCAGCGAAGCACAGCAAAUAUUUUCUGAGAGAUUGCCCACAGAAAGAUACUGCUAGGUUUCUGUAGUUUUCUGCCCGAUUUACUGGGAGCCAUGGUGAAGCCAAAUGUACAUUGUUUGUGAGCACGGGAGGAAUGGUGGAAGCAGGAGAAGAUACACUGAUCCGUGCAAGCGAUUUGUAAACCUUAUCGUAAAUGCCAAGGUGCAAACCAUGUCAUGUUUAGUUUAUGAAAAAACUCAUUGCAAAUAUUGUUUACACAGCAAUUGCUCGCAUUGCCAUCCUGCCCAGGUUAUUUUGAGACUCUUAAACAUCUGCCGCCCAUAGAGGGUUGGUUUCUUCCCAUCCUUGAUCUU